UUAUGCAAACUGUUCUGUAUUCAAUUGCGCUGCUCGUGGUGGGCGUCAAUGGCGAAUCCCAGCUGGAAGCGGCUGCCAAUUGCAUAUCAGACCCAUAUUGCGAGGAGUGGUGUGAGAUAGAGUCCUGUAGACGUAUGCACAAAGUAUGCCAAGCAUGUGGAAAUGCAGCCAUGGAGCCGUUGGUGGUGCGCAGAUCCAGGGCAGCUGAUGACGCCUUUGAAGGCAUUGGCAACAAGUACUAUUUAAUGAAGAGCACUCCAAAGCUCAAUUGGUUUGCUGCAGCGCACAAGUGUCACAGCCUGGGUGCGCAUCUGGUUAACAUUAGCAAUCGCUAUCAACUGGAGGCUAUUUCACGUAGUCUGCAAAAGACAACGGGUCUGGUGUACUGGAUAGAUGUAAACGAUCUGAAGGAGCUGGGCGUCUACUCCUCGCUGACCACGGGCUACUUGGCGUAUACGCUCUGGACCGAUGCAGCUGACGAUGAGGACAAUGCGCCAGAUCUGCUUGUUAGACCAGCAAGCAGCUCUGACAAACAUCGCUGUGCACAAUUGUUUCUAAACGAAAGUAAUCUAUGGCGCAUGAUCUUGGCCAAUUGCGACAGCACUGCUGGCUAUAUAUUUCCAGCAAUGACUUCAAGCUGCUUACAAUUUUUAUUUAUCUUAGCCACAUGCCGCGUUUGCUUAAGCCAAACUAACUGUACGACAUGCGAAAAAAAUUGCACGCAGCCCAAGGAAUCUGUGGAGUUGGCCACUGAGCUGCAAUAUGACAAUCUGAACGAUACCAGCGAGCGGAGAGCUUUGGCCAACAGCUUCGAUUAUAUUGAUCAUACGCACGCCCAGUCCUGGUACGCCGCUCUCCACAAAUGCAAGCAAAUGGGCGGAAUUUUGAGCAGCGCCAAGGACUACGCGGCGCUCAGCAAAAAUUUGAAUAAGCGCAAGAGCUAUUGGACUGGCAUUACCAAUUUGAGUGAGGAGAACCGAUUCUAUAACUUUGGCACUGGUAAAAGAGUAAAACAUCUGAGAUGGGACAAGGGCGAGCCGCAAAUGGACAACAUCGAAUUGAAUUGUAUCUAUCUGCGUUUUAGCCAAAAGCGCUUAUGGCUUAUGGCUCUGGGAGAUUGCAGGGAUGAUAAACAAUUUAUAUGUGAAAAGACGUAAAAAUACUUUUGCCUA